CUGAUGCUGAAGCGGCAGCGCAACCACUUCGAUCUGGUGGCCCUGUGUGAUAUGCCCGUGGACAAGUACGCCGGCGACAAUUGGAUCGUCGAGGAUUACUUUGUAGACCACAAUGACGACUACCUAGUGAGUCACAAAAUUGUAGAUUCAGAGAUUGUCGGCGAGUAUCUUUCGUUGCCUUGUGUUGCAUGGUUGGCGUCCCUUUUUCGCCGCUCCCAAAAAGAAACCUACAUUAUAGACAAGAAUAAUAGCACUGCUAAAAAUUUGUAAAACAUCGUUUAGAAACGGAGUGGAUAACCCUUUUGAAUCUUGGGUAUAUUUAAAAUCAUAUUUGCUGUAAACGGAUUUCAUAAAUGCAGUGAUGCGAAUAACCAUUUCAGUCACAAAAAUUACUUUGAAUUUCUUAUUAAUCUUCAAAUGUAUUAUUAAUCUUCAAAUGUCUUAAUUCCAAAGACACAUUUAGGCAAGUUUCUGGAAGCCGUGAUACUAAGCAGAUGAUUUAUUGGGAUUGCUAUUAUUUUGACCGCAGCUAUAUACAUUGAAUUUACACGGGGCUCACUCUCCAUGUCUGUACCCAUUCCCUAUAUAUAUUUAUCGAUUCUGAGAGCGACGCCUUGGGGAUUCCUCUUCGUGCUCUGCGCAUGUCCCUCCAAACCAUGGCCCAUGGUGCACAGCUGAUGUUUCUUUCUGGGAGAUGCGCGCGCAGCUUCAUCCCGCGGAAAACAUCUUCUUCGGCCGUGUAUUUGCCAUUUGCUCUAAAACCAUUGGAAAAUUAUAAAUACACGCGCCGCAGAAAGACUGCGCUCUUCUCUGCCGCGGGCAGUUUUCGGCUGAGAAUUUUCAAAUUUGAGGAAACCGAAACAGAUUGAAAUCUUCGUUUGUUGGCUGUGUGUCGCCGAAACUGCUGCCAUAUAAACUAUAUAUCGUCGCCACCAGCGUUGUCGUCGUUCCGUCUUCGUCGUGUAACGGUACGGGGAUCCCCCCUUUCUCGCCGUCUCUUGUUUUCCCCCACUCCCAUCGAUCUUCAUAUCGAUCGUCUCCUUUCGCGCACCUUGUUUAUCGAUAUGUGUGCUGUGUGUGCGUUUUUGUGUUUUUGAUUUCUUUAUUUUUUUUUUUUUUGGCUUAGGACUACCAAAUAAUCGAAUAGAACAAUAUUUAGAGGUACAUACUGGGCGUUUGUGCAAUAUAGAAACGCAUUUUAGCCCGAGAGGAAGGUAGAAAAUAAAACGCAAUCCCAAAACAAUUGCUGGGCACCGUGACAUAAUCAACCAAAAAACAAAAAACAAACACAAAAUCUAAGAACUUUUAAGUGUUUUAAAAAUAAAACUGUAGCAGCGGCAAGAACAAAAUUGUCGAAUACAAAAAAAACAUCAAACAAAACAAAAUAAGUGUUAAAAAGUGCGCGAUAUUCGUCGGACUGAGUUUGUUUAAACAAAACAAGAUGCAAGAUACCAGAGCCAAACUGUUUUAUUGACCCCCCGCCAACGGUGGCGAGUAAAUAAUUAGAAAUAACAUAAAAUGGGAUAAGAGUCAGCCAGUCAAGCAGCUGCAAAACGUCCAAAAAGCUGAUAGUAAACUUUGCACUUUUCCAUCAAGUUUGCAAUUACCGAGGCGAAAGAUACUUUUAAUAGAAGAAGUGUAUGGAUAGAGAAGGCUAGUGCAACAGUCAUACACUCGGAUACACAGUAAUAAAUUACGAUCAUUUGGGAACUGAAGCAAAUAUGUACCGUUCUAUAUGAUCGAGGUCUUCCUAUGAAAAGUUUUCUUAAUGUCGAGUUGUAGUUUUAAAGUAAACUUUAGCUCGAUCUCAAGGUUAGGAAAAUAAAUCUUAUUUUGCGCAAAUUUAAUGUUAGGUAAAAGUUGUAAUGAAAGUAAUAAUAUUUUCUGUGUACUCGAAGGCGAAGGAGAAGACAACGCAGCGGCCAAGCAAAUCAAAACAAAAACUCAAAACUAACAAAUGGAGCACACACGUGUGUGUCUGUUAGUGUUUGUGUGCUACAUAUACACAAACUAUAUAUUUAUAUGUGCGCCACAGAUCGGCGGGGAUUAUUCAUCAGGCUGCCACAUCAUCAUCAUGUUGAUCUGCGCCGUUGCGGCGUCUCCUUCUGGUGCCCUCCUCCAUCCUCCACUUUCCGCUUAGCUGGCGUUUUCUAUAAUUUUCGAAAGCUAUUUUCGUUAGGCUUGCAUUUAUAUUUAGUUGCCACAACAAACUUAUAGCGAAAAUCCAAGACACAAACUUGUACAUGAUACAAUUUUGGCCAUAUGAUGCGAACCAAAAUAAAAGUCAACUGGGGUGGAAAACUUUUCCCCUUUGGUUUUUCCAACUCGCAUGUGUGCGCGCAAGAUUGAAUGUGUGUUUUCGGUACAGUGAAAGCUAAGCCAGAGAUCAAUGAAGAUCAGAAAAUUAAUUGAAAUCUAAAGUGAAUUAAAAAUGCAAUCAAGUUGAAUGUUUUUAUCAGAGAUCGGAGAUCUAUCUCUUAAAUUAAGUCUGUAAAUUCAAUUUUCGAAGAAUCAACUCCGUGGAUGAGGUUUCACUGUACUGGUACCAGCGUCACACGUACUGUGUACUAGGUAUAAUGCCCGGCUGCGCCAAUUUACGUGCGUCGACGUCUAUUUGUUAAAAUAAGAAACAGAUUUCGAACGGAACACAGAAAGGCAUGGGAAAAGAUGCCAAAUGAACCCCACCGAGAUAUCACACAUCAGCCAAAACGAUCUUUCCAGGGAUAUUCAUUUAUUCACAUCGCAAUAUAUCUAGGGCAAGGUGCAGGUCUUUUGGCUAGAAUCGCAAGGGGUAAGAGGUUUUUGGCUAGGCGGCGCCGCGAUCAAUGAGCUCAUUGCUGUUUACGAUUUGUAAUUUGUAUAUGCUCUAUAUACCAAAACAAAUUGGGGGUGGUAUAUGCCACAUAUAUGUCGGAUGUAUAUGGGCGCCAAAAAGAAAAGUCUAUGGUCGAAUGACGACCAUUAAUACAAUUAGUAAGUCAAGUCGCCGGGCAUUUGCCAAAAUGCCAAUGAGACAUUGACAUUGAGCGUGCGAUCGAUUGUUCCGAUCCGAUCUGAUCCGAAUAGAACCAAUACGAACUGAUCCGAUUUUGUGCAGGUUUCCUUUGCCGCCAGCACUGGCAGCCUCGCGAGUCUUGCCCAGCUAGUCAAACCCAAAGCAAUUCGAGGGAGACGCCAGUGCAAUAUUAGAUAAUCGAGUACUUUUUUCCCCUUGGGACCAAGAAAGAAAACUGACCAGGAACCGGAGAAAUCACCAACCCCAGCCUACGGAAUGUCCAACGAACUCAGCGAACUCAUCGCCCUCGGCUGUCCGGAUCUCACGGCCCAGAAGCCGGAGGGUGGCAGCACCAAGGUGGAGUUGAUUCUCAACACGGAGCGCCGCCUGAGCAUCAAGCAGAUGACGGCCACGGAUUUGGCCACUAUAAGGGCGGCAGCCGCCGCCGAAGCAGAGGCCAGAUCUAGGGCCCACGCAGAGGCGGAAGCGCGAGCAAUCGCCCAGGAACAGUUGCGACAGGCCCGCGAGGCCGAGUCCAAGGCCAGAGCACGUGCUGCCCUCGAGGUGCAGGCCCAAUUACAGCGGGUGAUGGAGAGCGAGAAGCGCAGGCAGAAGGAGGAAGAAGAGGAGCGCGAAAAGCAACAGGAUGAGGAAGAAAAUGAUGAAGAAGAUGAGGAUGAAGAUGAAGAACUAGCCAAAGGUUCCCUCCCGUCCAACUCAGGCCCUAGGGAACGAAUUACCUCCCUGCCCGGUAACAUGGAUGAUGCCAUGGAGAUGCAACUGCUUAGCCUUUCGCAUCCCAAGGCCUCAUCCAAGGACGAUUCCCCACCCACGAAGAGCACCUCCCACCUGGCCGACUCUAUUGAGCUGCUUCGAAUGCAGCGUGCAGCUCGCGGAGCCCGGUCCCACAAUCGCACCCGCGAGCGAUCCAUUUCGCCAGACCGUAAUCACGAAAGGAGCGCUGCUCCCGAUCGCCUCCAGAGUUCCGCCAGCAUGAGCAGUCUGGACUCUGCUUGCGUCAGUGCCUCGGCAUCAGCCUCACGACAGCCCAGCAAGGCAGCCAGUCGACGGGGCAGCACCUCUAGUACCUCUGGGGUGGAACCACCUGUGGCAGCCGCUUCCCAGACAACCAAAUUUCCCCUCGCUAAGACGGUAUCAGCGCCUAAUGUAAUGAACCGUCGCCGCAGCAGCCUCACCUCACUCUUCCCGGGACCCUCACCAUUGGUGGCACCCGAACCAUCUCUGCAUACAGACCCCGAUCCAAAGGUUCAACAACAGAUAGAGGAGGAGCAUCGGAGGGGGCGAAUGGAUGAUAGUUACCGUGAGAUACCCACCGGAAAGAUGGUGCAUCGCACCAAGACACCGCCACCAGUGGGCACCAAUCUCGGAGUAAGCCUAAAGCGAGUGACAGCGCCCAGUGGAUCAAUAACCAUCAAGCCCAAGGAGUCACCCAUGCUUGGAGUGGUUCUGCGCAGAGUAGAAAAGAAAACAGUGCCGCAGAAGAGCAUUCUGGAUGACGAUAAACCACUGUACCACUUCUCCAUUGUGCGCAGCGACCACAAGGAACAUGUGCCUGACAAGAAACCGAAACCCAAGCCCGCUCCUCCAGCUGUUAAGCCAAGUCCCGGUGGCAUCCUUACCGGACCUCAAGUUACUCGUAUCGCUCCCAAGCAAGCAAUGCCCGUAAAACCCCAGCGACCUAUGCCCGGCGUGCCCAUCACAAUUACCAAGAUCGAAGGCGACAAGAUCAUCAUCAUCAAGAAGAUCAUUGUGCCAAAGAACAGUAAAAUACCGGAGCAAUACCUGCAGAUGAGUGAAGAUGCCGGCAAACCAGCAAUUACAGUGCCUCCAACGGUUUCCUCCUCCUCCGCCGUCGCAUCGUCGCCAAAUCUAAGAACCAAAGAGGAAACCCAGGCAGCCAUGCAGAAACCGACACCACCACCGGCCAGUGGUCAACAAUUCUUCCAGGUGGUCUCCCCGCAAUUCGCCUCAGUGAUGUCUUCCAGCAUACCAGAGAGCAAAUGUGCAGUGCGUUCACCAAUAUCUUCACCCUUGGCCAUCCGGAAAAGCCGUCCACCUCUGCUGCCGGCUAGUCCCAAGUCCACGCCUCCACUACCGCGGAAACACCAUCCACUUGCCUACAACGCGGCCACGGGAACCAUCAGUAGUGCCUCGGCAGCAGCGUUGCCCUCUCGUUUAAUGGCCACCAUUGCCUCGAGCCCGGCCUCGAGUAUAUCGCUGUCCUCAUCCAGUUCACCUUCAUCAUCGCCGCCUCCGCCAGUGCCAUGUCGGGCCCCAAAGAAUGUCAACAAACCCUCUGCUCCCGCCGCACCUCCGUCCAAAGAGAUCAGUCUGGACAAAUUGCUGCAACAGCAACAGGAGCUGGAGGAGAAGUCGGCAGCAGCUAAGAACAGCGCCAAGUUGGAUGCGAAUUUCUAUGAUGCCGAGAUCGAGAUGAUGAACAAGUAUCUGAAGAGUUUGCCCGACUACAGCGAGCUGGAUAGGAAGCUGCACCAAGAGUUCCAGGAGUGCGAAGAUCUCUAUGACAGGAUCAAGCGUCAGCAGCAGCCAUUGGCCAAGUCCAUUUCGCAACAGUCGGUGACGAAGGCUGCUCCAGGAGCGGGAAUCCAGCCAGUCUCCUCUGGACUAUCCAAGUCUUCUUCAAUUAACUUUGCCCAAAAUCCCAACAGCCGAGGAGGUGCCCCGCGAAUGGCAUAUCCCUCCAUAUUUUCACAGUCUGUAGGCGAGCCAAAGCUGCAGCGCAGCAUUUCCAGUUCGAAUAUGCCGCUAAGUACGCCGGCUCCUAUGCGUCCGCUACCCGCAAAGAACGGAAUGCAAAGUGGUUCGAAUCUGUCCCUAAACAAGCAGUUGAUGAACGAAUUCUGGAGCGAGAAUCUAACUAGCUCCCAAAAGCGACAAACACCAAAGCGCACCUUUUGGAACUACGAGAAGAUCUGUGGGGCGCAAUUAGGUGAUGCUGGACAGCCCUUUAAAGUGGAUGCCAAGACCGCCAAGAAACUGGCUAUAUUUGAUCCCACAGUGGCAGAGGCGGCGCAGAAGGAGCUACAGAGACCUCAACAGCCACAGGUGGCCCAACAUUAUCCCCAUAAGCUGCAGAAGAAUGCCUCCCUGUCGCAUCUGGAUCUCAAAGUGCGUCAGGCGGUGACCAAGGACGAUCUCUACAAGCUGAUCUGCAACGAGCAAUCUCCAUCGGCGGGAACGAGUUUCGUGAGCAGAGUGCCGGUUAAGCAGCAACCUCCAGCACAGCAGCAACAGGUGUUGCCAAAGAGCGUUUCCAUGACCCAUGUGCCGGGUGGUGGCCAACCCAUGGGAGCUCCUCUGCUGAGGACUUCUAGCCGCACGCAUAUACCCUGCUAUAUGAAGAAUCUGCCUUCGUUGAGCAGGAGCACUUCUAACUCUGCGAUACUAAUGACGCAACCACGCAAGGAACCUCCACCUAAAGAGCCACUCAAAGCUGCGCCACCACCUCCAGCGUUGGCUGCUGCUCCUCCGACUGUUAGCAAACCCAGUGGUGUUUUGAAAAGCUCCAGCAGUUCCUGUGUGCCUUCGCCUCGCUGUGCCGCCGCCUUCUUCCGUCGGCCGCAGGAAUCCAGCAAUCCCCAGCAGCAACAUCACCAGCCACUGCAGCAACCGCAACAUGUGGCGCCCAUAGAGGAGUCAGGCCCAGGCGAUUCCGCUUCUCUAGAACGAAAAUCGGAGAAGAGCAAUAGCACGAUAAGCACGAGCAGCUUUACGGUGACCAACUGUUGCACCACCCACUUGCCGCAGCUCUCGAAGUUUACCUCAUCGUUCCACAUUGCCCCUACCACGGCAACAACCACAGCGUCAACAGCCACAAUAACCCCAACUGCAGCAGCAACAACAAGCGAUCACCAGCAGCAGCAACAAAGUGGUGCAGCAGCGGCGUUGUCUGCCAACUUGGAGGUGCCAACAUCGUCAUCGUCGUCAGCGGCCACAAAGCGCCAGAAAGAUGUCGACAACAAGCUAGAAAAAUGCUUGAACGACAUGCUAAAGUUGAAGACCACAACCAACAACAGCAACAGCACUAGUACCAGCACUAAUAAUGCAAUCAUGUCGCAGUCGCUGACAGGGGAACACAAAGACCCGAAGACUGCAGUCGAAGGCCCCACGAGCAGCAGCACCAGCAAGUAUGUGGGUGAAUCUCAGAUCCCCGUGCCAGUGCAGCUCUACGAUCCGCAGAAGCCGUUGCUUCAACAACAGCAGCAACAAAGGAUUUGCUAUCCUAUCGGAAAGUCGAACUCUACCUCACAGCUGCCCAUGGGUGGCUACCAGAGAUUGCUGCAGCAGCAGAAGCAGCAACAACAGCAGCAACCACAUCAGCAACAGCAGCCAUACCAGGAGCAGCAGCAAUACCCCCAACACAAACGACCCUUCCUGAAUUGGAAUAGCUUUGCAUGUUCGGCCAUGAAUGGAGCAAGUGAUCCCUUCAUGCAGCAGCAGCAUAUGCCUGCCCAGCAGCAACAGAAUCUGCCCCACAAGCUGCAACAGUCGUAUUCCUCCUCGCAUGUGCCCAAGCAGGCGCCCAAAUCGGGACUGGCAAUGUUUUUGCAGAAGAACACCAACAAGGAGAACAAGUUUGGGCAGCCGUUGCAGCACCAGCCGCCCGGUAUGAUGCCCCAGAUGUACGGCUACCAGGCGCCCCAGCCGCAAUCCAAGAUGAGCUAUCCCCGCACCGGUGCCCCACUGACGCAUUCGGCCUCCUUUAGCUCCGCCCAGAGGCCCACGGCCCUGCAGUUCCACCAACAACAUCAGCAGCAACAGCAACAUCAGCAACAACAGCAACACCAACACCCGCAGCAACAACACCAGCAUUCCAACUUUGGCCUGGGCAUGAUGAGUAGGAAUUACUAUAAUGUACCAAAGCAACCAGAUCGCAAGCCGCUGCAGACCUUUGAUCCGUAUGCCUAUCCCAAGCCGAAUCAGAUGCAGCCGGUCAAGUAUCAGCAGCAGCAACAGCACCACCAACACCAACAGCAGCAACCGCAUCCGCAUACGCAGUUUCUAAAUGCUUCCGCUGGAGGUGGAGGUGGCGGUGCCGUUGGUCUUCAAUACGAUCCAAAUACAAAUACGCAAUUGUUUUACGCGUCCCCGGCGUCAUCGUCGUCGAACAUGCAACCGCAGCAACCACAACAGCAGCAGCAGUCGCAGCUACAACAAAGCAAUUCUGUCAUAUUCAAUCACUCAAGCCAGCAACACCAACCACAUCAACAGCAGCAGCAGAAUGAAAUGUCCAAGUCCGCUUUGGGACUGCAUUUUAUCGAGACAGCAAAGCCCGUCAUUCAAGAUGAUGCUGAUGGUCACUUAAUUUACCACACCGGAGACAUUCUCCAUCACAGAUAUAAGAUCAUGGCCACACUGGGAGAGGGAACUUUCGGACGUGUGGUCAAGGUCAAAGACAUGGAGCGUGAUUACUGCAUGGCCUUAAAGAUUAUUAAGAACGUGGAAAAGUACCGUGAAGCUGCCAAGCUGGAAAUUAAUGCCUUGGAAAAGAUUGCCCAAAAGGAUCCGCAUUGCGAUCAUUUGUGCGUGAAAAUGAUUGACUGGUUUGAUUAUCAUGGACACAUGUGUAUAGUUUUUGAAAUGUUGGGGCUUAGUGUUUUCGAUUUUUUGCGUGAGAACAACUAUGAGCCAUACUCGCUGGACCAAGUGCGCCACAUGGCCUAUCAAUUAUGCUACUCCGUGAAAUUUCUUCAUGACAAUCGUUUAACGCACACAGAUCUCAAGCCGGAAAACAUACUCUUUGUCGAUUCGGAUUAUACUGCUCACUAUAAUCAUAAGAUUAACCGCGAGGUGCGCCGCGUCAAGAAUACGGAUGUUCGUCUUAUUGACUUUGGGUCGGCCACCUUCGACCACGAGCACCACAGCACAAUUGUCUCGACGCGACAUUACCGCGCGCCCGAAGUCAUACUGGAGCUGGGGUGGUCACAGCCAUGUGAUGUUUGGUCUAUUGGCUGCAUCUUGUUCGAACUGUAUCUGGGCAUCACGCUCUUCCAAACGCACGACAAUCGUGAGCACCUGGCCAUGAUGGAGCGAAUCUUGGGACAAAUACCAUAUCGCAUGGCACGCAACCAUACUCUUUAUAGCAAAACCAAAACAAAGUACUUCUAUCAUGGUAAGUUGGAUUGGGAUGAGAAGUCCAGUGCUGGUCGCUACGUCCGUGAUCACUGCAAGCCGUUGUUCCUGUGCCAGCUGAGCGACAGCGAGGACCACUGUGAGCUCUUCGGUCUGAUCAAAAAGAUGCUGGAGUACGAGCCCUCGUCCCGCAUCACGUUAGGUGAGGCCCUGCGCCAUCCGUUCUUCGACAGGCUGCCACCGCACCAUCGAGUGGGAGAAGUGAGUAACAAACAGCCCCUCUCGUCGGGCAGCAGCAGCCGCGAACGGUCGCACAGCCUCUCCAGAUGAGAAUUACAGCGAUUUGGUUAUUGUUGACAGACGGCGCUUAUCAAGCACCCACUCAUGCAAACAUACACUCAAAGCAGUCGUCCAGCAACGGAUUGCACCAGCCUCGUAGAGUAAACCACCAACUUUACGGCAAAACCCUAUUUUAAGUGCUAAAGUCUUUUAUUCUAAAUUUUUUGAACUUGACUUGUAUAAAUGUUUAUUAUACAAAAAUCCUUAGAUCCAUAUGAUCCAUUGUUUCCUAAUAUUUCGCGCACAUGUUGCUGUGCAUCAUUUAGAGCUGUGUAGCGCUACGCUUGCGCUUUGUGCAUUGUACCAUACCCGCAAACGGUGUUUUGUUCUGUAAUGAUAACCAAAUCGUGUAAAAUAUUGAUAGUACGGUGCGUCCCCCCGGCACUUGAACCUAUUUGUAAAUGUUUUGAAUUGUCCAAACCCACACCCCCAAGGUAGAGGAGACAAAUUGAACCGACUGCGAAACCGAUUAAUGGAAUAUAAAAAUGUAGUUGUAAAAUAAGAAAGUCGCUUACACGCUAGUUGAAAUGCAUCCCCAUAUGUACACUGUCACAGCAAUGGGAGCCGACUAAUUUAUAAUUAAUACACCAUUUCGAGAGCGUGAACUGUAAGCUAAUGCAAGCCAUUAUGUACACCACCCACGAAUGUACGGAUAAUUGUAAAUGUAAAGAGCAAUUGUUAUGCCGCCCUGUGUACACUUCAGCUAUCGCAGCGCAUUUUGUGUAAAUUCAGUAGCAGCCCAGAGUCAUCUCUCUAAGAAUACGUUUUGAAAUGUGUAGAACCAUCGCCGGCCUGUUUUGUUCGCUUUCGUUUUAUUAUCGAAUAUCGAAAGAUCAACCCAUUCACACAUUUCUACACACAUCGUAUGAGCCCCAUGGUAUAUUUAAAUAUACUAUACUACAUACUUAAUUCAAAUGAUUGUGAGUUAGUUUAAUAUUACAUAAAUAUUAAUUAUAAAUUACAUUAUUUGCAAUUUAACCCGAUCAACCAGCAUAUAAGAUAAAAAAACCAAUAUUGUCAAGUUAUUAAAAAUUGAAAUAAAUCUUAAAUAAAAAAGAA